UCGUUUUCUAGGUUCUGAGCGUGAAGUCGGUUCCUAGCUUCUGAGCGUGAACCCGCAGAGAUGAACCCUUUAACUAAAGUUAAGCUGAUCAACGAGCUGAAUGAGCGUGAGGUCCAGCUGGGGGUAGCGGAGAAGGUGUCUUGGCACUCCGAGUACAAGGACAGCGCCUGGAUCUUCUUGGGAGGGCUUCCUUAUGAGCUGACUGAAGGGGACAUCAUCUGUGUGUUCUCACAAUAUGGCGAAAUUGUUAACAUUAAUCUGGUACGGGACAAGAAGACUGGGAAAUCCAAAGGAUUCUGUUUCCUCUGCUAUGAAGACCAGAGGAGCACAAUUCUGGCUGUUGACAAUUUUAAUGGGAUCAAGAUCAAAGGAAGAACUAUCCGAGUGGAUCAUGUGUCUAACUAUCGGGCUCCCAAGGACUCAGAAGAAAUGGAUGAUGUGACCAAAGAGCUGCAAGAGAGGGGCUGUGGGGCUCACACUCCCUCACUGAGUUCAUCUGAGGGCUCUGAAGAUGGCAAACCCACCAGAAAACACAAAAAUGAGAGAAAGGAAAAAAAGAAAAGAAAGAAAGACAAAGAGAAGACUGACCAGGAGAUACAGGCAGAGCAGCCAGCCUUCUCUUCAUCACCCAGAAGCAAGAUGAUAAAGGAAAAGGAUGACCCUGGCUCUAAAAAGCACAGUGGCAAGAACUCAGAGAGGGGUCAGAAGUCAGAGUCCAGGGAGGUGCGGAAGCCCCACCCCAGCUCCCCUGAGAUCAGGACGACCUGCCGUGGUGGAACAGAGGACCGAGAGAGGGAGCCGAGGAAGGAGAAGCCCAAGCAUGAGCACAAGUCAUCAAGCAGGAGGGAGGAGAGAGUAGACAAGAGCAGAGAUAGAGACAGAGGUCGAGCUCAGACGCACACUGCAGCUGGUACAGUGGGCGCUCUGAGGGGCAUAGUCACAGAAGUAGAAGUCAGAGUCAAGAUAAAUCCCACAGGCAUAAAAGGGCCCGGCACUCCCGGGACCGGGAGUCCUCUAAUCCUAGUGACCACAGGCAUCACUGAAGCCACAGCCUGUGAAUUGGAAAUGAAUGUGUUUUUAAAAUGCAGUGAAAUUCAGUUAUGCUUUUAUUAUUUCUAUAUGUAAAAUAUCUGAGGAUGAGUUCUUUUAAUCCCUUGAGUGUUAGAAUCAUAGAGAGAGCUGUAGUUUUUAACAGCUAAAUGUCCUGGAUUUUUGAGCAAAAUCCAUUGUCCCUGGAAGUAUACUUGGUACUUUUGGUACUUAACCAGAGCAUGUAUCCUAAAUUUGGGUUCAUAAAUAUGGCCCUUGAAUUUGUGACCCCCAUUUAUGAUGAAAUGGCCAGGAAGGGGAAAUACCAGGCAAUUCUAGAAUUCCGGUCUUUGUGAGAUAUUUAGAACCCUUGCAGUAACCUUUCCAGUUGGCAGGUAUAACCAUAGAGUAGAGAAGUGUGGCUUCACUACGCUCAGACAGCUUGCUGUGAAUGUGGUAAGGGUCCUUAACAUCAGCCUGCUCCCUUCCCACUCCCCCCCCGCUCCCCCCGCCCCCCCUCCUUUGUUUUGGUUGAUAUGUCUCCACAUCUUUUCCUUACAACUUCUUUAUUAUUUAUUUUAUUGAGAAGAAAUUAACAUAAAAUUAACCAUUUUAAAGGGAACAUUCAGUGGCAUUUGAUGCAGUCACAGUGUUUUAAAACCACCAACCCUAUCGAGUUCCAAAACACUUUCAUCAUCCCAAAAUGAAACCCUGUACCCAUUAAGCAGCUACUCCCCAUUCCCUCUUCCUCCUUGUCCCUGGCAACCACCAAUCUGCUUUUCAUUUCUAUAGAUUUACCUAUUCUGGACAUUUCAUAUACGUGGAAUCAUAUAACAUGUGGCCUUUUGUGUUCGGUGCCUUUCACUUAGUAUAAUGUUUUUGAGGUUCAUCCAUAUUGUAUCAGUACUUCAUGCCUUUUUAUGGAUAAUGUCCCAUUGUAUGGAUAUUCCAGAUUGUGUUUAUCCAUUCCUGAGUGGAUGGACAUGUGGGUUCUUUCCACCUUUUGGCUAGCCAGCUCCCUUUUCAUGUUCCAGACAUACCAGACUGCUUCUGGGCUUAGUCUGCUUUUCGAGUAGCUGCUCUUGAUGAGGUGGGAACAUUUUGUCGGCUCCAUUGUGUAUCUAGCUGAUCUGCUUGGUAGUUCUUUCUCAUUUUGAGAUUCUUUUUCUUUUUUAUCAGUCAAUCCCUUAUGAGUUUGAUGAGAAGUAGUUCACAGGCCCUUAAUACCCCUGCUGAAUUAUUAAAGUGGAAUUUGUGACCCUGUAAAACAGAGGACUAGAGCUUUAAUAGUGAAUGCACUAAGUUAGAUUACGUGGUGUGUUAGUAUGGGCCCUAGAUUAGAUGUGCAAGAAAUUUUGGGGUUGGGAUGCCCAUGAAGGAAAAUGGAGAGGGAGCUGGAGGAGUCUGGGAAAGCUGUCAGACAAUGAUGUAGGUCUAACUUCUUGGAGAAGAAAGGGAAGGAAUGAAGGAAGUUGGUAGGAAAAGUCAUACACUGCUGUGGAGUUCUAAGAAUAUUUCAGCAAGACCAGUGGUGAGCCCUUGAGCCAAAGACACCUGUCAGAGGAGUCCCGCUAGAUGAGCCUUGGUAAGCAGGAAUCAUUGCUGUUGGGCCUCCAUCAGCCAUUGUGGCCACUCUUCUUAUGUGUCCAUCAUGCCAAUUGUGUGGUAACCGAUGAAGGCCCCUGUGCCUGGCUGAGUCAUUGUAUCUGCUUGGUGGUUCAGUGCCUCUUCUAUGAUGUUUUCUGAUGGGUGUUAACAUGUGAUGCAGAAAUCUUCACACUUUGCCUGAGGAACCUCCCUCAACCCCGUUUCUCCACUCUUGUCUUUUUCAGCUUGUAGAUCUUGAGUGAUACCCUUGUUGGCUCUCUAUUGCUUCUAGGGACACCAUGGUCCAUUUGUGCCAUCUCCACAAGUCCCUUUGGGUAAAGCCCCCUUGGCUGCCCUUCAGACCGUGUGGUUCAUUUUGGUAUUUGUGUCCUCCUGCCUUCUGGUGGAUAAGCACCUCUACCUGGGUGUCUUACUCUGGGGCUGCAGCUCUGUGAUGGUCUCUUACUGCCAUCCCUGGCCUGCAGAGGAGGCCACCUCUGAACCUAGUGAUGCUGGUGCCCCUUUCACCAGUGUGUUCCUGAUGGCCUCGGUGAAUGGAAUGUCUUCUGGGCCCCCCUGUGGAACACUACCCUCUGGUGAGGUUUUUGACCUCAUGUAAUCUCUCCACUCCAGCAUACCUACUCCUCGGCCUUUUCAUUCCUUCCUUGGUCCCUUGCCAGGACAGCUCAGGUGUUUCUACUUUGCUUAGUGGUGGCCAGCACUUUCUCCAGUCCUCUAAGAGCCACCUUAGUAGAGACUGCUCACCCCCAGCAGUCCUUGCUAGGGAGGGGGUUAAAUCCUGUAUACUGAGAAAGUGCUCCCAAGUCUGAAUUCUUGCUUUUCUGGCCCUCUUGAUACAGCACCCUUGAAAGGCAAACCCAGUGUUUCCUUGGUUCCUGUCAGUACCUGCCAGUUAAUUCUUGCAGCUUUUUGGUGUAUACUCUCUGCUUUAUUAGGCCCGGUACUUCCGCAGCCAGGGAAAGCUGGAAUUUAAUCCUAGUUAUCAGUUUGGUAACCAGGAGAGAGGCUGGACACAGCUCCUUGGGGGAGGGGUUGGGACUGAUUGCCGGGUGGGGGGAGCAGCCGCUGUAGCAUCUUCCAGCAUGGGGUAUGCUAGCUCUUAUUUGGAAAGAGUGGCUCCCUCUGCAAACUGAGGGCUGGGUGGGGUUUUCUGCAGAGCCAACACUUUCAGGGAUGUCUGGCCAGAUGUUCCUACCCCAUGUUUCAGGGCCUCAGGGUUUUCUAACCACAUGAAGUCAUGUGGCCCUGACUGCAGCAAAGCAGACCUGCCACAUGUUAAAUAUUGAGUAUUUAAUCUCCCUGGAGUUCUGCAACUCUUAUGGCCUCUUUGUUUCUCUGCUGUGUCCACUCCUCCACUGCAGGAACUAAGGACCUUUUUGGAAGCUCCACAGAGGCCCUCUGGCUCUCACACUUAGCCUUUAGCUACUUAUUAACUCUCACCCGUUUCUCACUACCCUGCUACAGGGCAUCAGUACAACUUAACACUGUCCAGCCAUUUCCACUGUUUCUGUAGGCCUUAUUCCUACCCUAUUUUCUUUUUUUUUUUGGAGGGGGGGGUUAUUUUAUUUUAUUAUUAUUUUUAACGUUUUUAUUGCAGUAUAAUUGCUUUACAAUGGUGUGUUAGUUUCUGCUUUAUAACAAACUGAAUCAGAUAUCCCCAUAUCUCUUCCCUCUUGCGUCUCCCUCCCUCCCACCCUCCCUAUCCCACCCCUCUAGCUGGUCACAAAGCACCGAGCUGAUCUCCCUGUGCUAUGCGGCUGCUUCCCACUAGCUAGCUAUUUUACAUUUGGUAGUGUAUAUAUGUCCAUAUAUACACUACCACUCUCUCACUUUGUCCCAGCUUACCCUUCCUCCUCCCUGUGUCCUAAAGUCCAUUCUCUAGUAGGUCUGUGUCUGUAUUCCCGUCUUGCCCGUAGGUUCUUCAUGACCAUUUUUUUUUAGAUUCCAUACAUAUGUGUUGGCAUACAGUAUUUGUUUUUCUCUUUCUGACUUACUUCACUCUGUAUGACAGGCUCUAGGUCCAUCCACCUCACUACAAAUAACUCACUUUUGUUUCUUUUUAUGGCUGAGUAAUAUUCCAUUGUAUAUAUGUGCCACAUCUUCUUUAUCCAGUCAUCUGUCGAUGGACACUUAGGUUGCUUCCGUGUCCUGGCUAUUGUAAAUAGAGCUGCAGUGAACAUUGUGGUCCAUGACUCUUUUUGAAUUAUGGUUUUCUCAGGGUAUGUGCUCAGUAGUGGGAUUGCUGGGUCGUAUG